GCUUAACGGUAAUUAAGAUGUAAAUGUGACAAGCUGUCAUAAAGACGACACAAAAGUAGGCCUAAUUGCGGCGUUUUUCUACAAAAGUAAAUAGACAAUGCUCAGUUAAAGUUGGGACAGUCAUGGAAAUAACACAAUAAUCUUUUCCAAUGGAGGUACUAGUGCUGAAUUUUCAUUUUAGGCCUAAUUAACCUUUCUUGUUUUGAGUGAUUAUUGACAAGGGAUAGCGCGAACGCAGCCCCCCAUAAGCAAAAAUUACGCACUCGAGUCACCCACAUUUUCCAGAAGUCCAAUGGACGAGCCUCAACCUUGGAAGACAACCUUCAUUGUUUAAAUUUUAAAAAACUUCAUCUCUUUCAAUUCUCUAAGACGACGAAUAGCACUAUGUACUUGAGCAGCAGCAGAUAUUGAAUAAACCCAAACGUCGACAGCUUUUGUUUUGGAACAUUCGCCCAAUUUCCAAAUUCCCACAGCCUUGCGUUUCAUCGACUCCUUUCCACAGAAGGGACAAGUGUAUGUGCUAUGCUGGGUGAUUUCCAUCUUUUUUACUUUUUUUUUUAGAGAGGCACUAUAACGAGUACCAUCUUGAUCAAUAAAACCUUCUCGCUUCUCUUAGCAGAACUUUUUGUCGUUGAACGAAUCAUCAGUGUGCCAUUUGUCGUAUCAACCAUUUGUUAUGAACCAGUUGUUGGUGAACAAUUUAAGUCUGUGAACCAGUUGUCGGUGAAGAAAUUGUCGGAUAUGAUUAUUGACACUUCAUCAAAAUGACUUCAAAUAAAACUGUUUUUAAAGGAUUUACUUUUAAAAAGCCUGGUUCUUGCCUCAGUUCUCUACCUCCUCCUGCCAACCAAAAUAAUGUCCUUUCAAACAAUGCAUCAGUGUUGGCAAAGACAGAAAGUAGCCUGGUAUACAAAUUUGAGCCUGGUUCUCGCCUGAGUUCUCCUCCAGCAAACCAAAAUAAUGUCCUUUCAAACAAUGCACCAAUGUUGACAAAAACAGAUAGUAGCCAGAAGUUACUGGUCAUGCAAAACAAGCAAAAAGCAAUUGCAGCAGUUUUUCCUCAGAGAUCAGUGCAGAAGAUACCAACAGCCAAGAGUCCACCAACUCCUCAAAUACAUUGUUUUGAUGUGCCUUCAGAACUGUUUAACGAUGAUGACGACUUCAUGCAGGAAUUUAGCUCUCAAAAAAUGCCUGUCAAACCAACAAGGAAAAGUCUGCCACUUAACAGCAAUGAUUCAAAAAGUGACAAUAAUACCAGCUCAUAUGUCCAAUCAAUAACAGAGGCAGCUCAUCCAGAGAUAGAGUCAAUGGAAGAAGAGUUUCAGCCUAAAGUCAAGCGACAUAAAAGAAGUAUUGUUAUUAGCAGUGAUGAAGAAGAAGAUACAAUACCAGUUGACAAUAGUGCAUGUUCACAAAAGGAUAGCUCUUCUGGUCUGAUAGACAUUUGCCAGCAUCCAUUACUUCAGAAUGUCAAAGUUGGCAAUGCCAGUUCUCGUGAUGUUCCUCUUCUGAAAGACAUUCUCCUCCUUGUUCAAGAUGAAGUUUGUGAAAUUGUUUGUCAGAUCAAGACUGUGGAUUUAAUGAAUCUUGUUACAACAAAUAUUGAAAGACUUCAAAAACUUUUGCUCUUAAGAAAGCAGAUCAAGGACAUUGGUGUGAUUGAUGUUCAGAAGCCAUUGAAAGAAGUCAAUAAGAAGAGUUCUAAUGGUUUACACAGCAUUUCUGAAGGGAGCCCGAUUGCCACUGGAAGCAGUUCAGCCAUCAGUAGCAGAAGCUCUGUGAAAAAGACUCCCAUCUCUUCUGUCUCACUCGCCAAACAGUCUACACCAUGUGGUGACAGUUUCUUUGACAGUCCUACAAAUUUGAUACUGCCUCAAAGAAGUAACAAUCUCAACUGUGAUAGAAACAAAAUGAUUCCGGAAACCGAGAGAAGGCUUAGUCUGAAUAGGAGUAAUGAAAGUGUGGGAAAUGAUUCAAGUUUUUUCCAGCAUACUUUCAGCACCCCUUUAACCCAUAACUCAAACGCUAAAGUGGGCAAGCCACUUAGCUCUCAGGCACAAAUCCAAAAUGCCAUGUUUAACACACCAACUACACAGCCUGAUUCCAGUCAUAACAAUUCACAUUCUUUCGUUGAGGAAGAAGAAUUUCACAGAGACUUUGACGAUGAAUUAGAAGUCGCUCUGGCCCAUGAUGAUUUCAGUGAUGAAGAUAUGAUUUCAUCAAGUUUUAUUUCUACACCUGUAAAAUCUAAACAUGCUCUAAGGGAACAUAAAAAUAUAUCAGUUGCCAAUUCUUCAGUCAACAAAAUUAAAAAUUCAGAAUCUCAGGAUGAAACAAAUUUAGAAGAUUAUACAGCUGUGUUUGGUUCCAAUGACCGUGAUGAUGGAGCCACUCCUGAAUUUGUCGGAAUGAACUUUGACCACAGUUCAACUUUAUUCACUUUAUUUCGUCAAGUGUUUGGUCUGAAAGAGUUUCGGCACAAUCAACUGCAGGCUAUCAAUGCAGCUCUUUUAGGACAUGAUUGUUUUAUUCUCAUGCCAACAGGUGGUGGUAAAAGUUUGUGUUAUCAGCUUCCAGCAGUAGUGACCAGUGGAGUAUCAAUUAUUAUUUCCCCUCUGAAAGCUCUCAUUCAAGAUCAGACACAGAGACUUUUGUCAUUAGAUAUACCAGCUGCUUUCUUAUCAGGGGAUAUUGAUACAGGUCAGAAUCAGUCUGUUUAUAAUGGACUUUAUCAGAGAAAUCCAGCCUAUAAAUUAUUGUAUGUCACCCCAGAAAAACUUGCAGCCAGUGAAAAACUAUUGAAUUGUCUUGAUAAUUUAUAUAAACGUCAACUCCUAAACCGUUUUGUGAUUGAUGAAGCCCAUUGUGUUAGCCAGUGGGGACACGACUUCAGACCAGACUACAAAAAGCUAAAUGCUGUGCGAGUUCGAUUUCCUGGAGUUCCUAUGAUGGCUCUCACAGCUACUGCCACCCCUCGGGUCAGGAAAGACAUAAUUCACCAGCUAGGCAUGUCCAAUCCUAAAUGGUUUAUGCAGAGUUUUAACAGACCUAAUCUAAAGUACAGUGUUUACAGUAAGAAGCCAUCAAAUGCUACAGCUGAUGUUAUUGAAAUGGUCAAAACUAGAUUUGUAAAAGAAAGUGGCAUUGUGUAUUGUUUAUCACGGAAAGAAUGUGAUGAUUUGGCAGCAGAAAUGAAGAAGGCAGGUUUGCAAGCUGAGCCAUACCAUGCUGGUCUAGAUGACAACCAGAGAGCCAGAGUCCAAGAGAGGUGGCUAAAUGACGACAAAUGCAAAAUCAUGUGUGCAACCAUAGCCUUUGGCAUGGGGAUUGACAAAGCAGAUGUCAGAUUUGUUAUUCAUUACUCACUUCCAAAAUCUGUGGAGGGCUAUUACCAAGAAGCAGGAAGGGCUGGUCGAGAUGGUAUUCUUUCUCACUGCAUUUUGUUCUACAACUAUCAAGAUGUCAAGAGACUACGGCGACUGAUAGAAACUGAUCAAAAUGCAAAUUUUGAGUCCAAGCGAGUCCAUAACGACAACUUGUUCCGAAUGGUUAGCUAUUGUGAAAAUGUCACAGACUGUCGCAGAUGUCAAAUUCUACAGUAUUUUGGUGAGUGUAGCUUUGACCGGAAUAUGUGUGCCAAAUUCAGAGGUUCUGUUUGUGACAACUGUGAGGCUAAGGAUGCAUUUAGCUUGCGGGAUGUAACUGCAGACGCUAAAGAAGUAGUGAAAUGUGUGAAAGAAUUAAACAGCAGCGGUCGGGCUAACUACACUCUCAUUCAUAUUGUUGAGGUAUUUAAAGGUUCAAAUAAUACCAAAAUUCAGAAUUUGGGCCACUCAAAAUUAGCACUACAUGGCCGUGGUAAAGAUUGGGCCCGAAGUGAUGUGGAGAGGUUUUGUCGGAAGCUAGUUAUAGAGGGCGUCUUAAAGGAAGAUUUGCAAAUCACUGCACUUGAUCAUGCAGUGUGUUAUGUCAAACUUGGUCCGAGAGCUAUUGACCUAAUGCAAAAUCGUUUAAAAGUUGAGUUACCUAUUCAAGGUAAUCGCAAACGCAGUGAUGUAGCUAAAGUAGGAUCUGAACCUAAAAACAGUAGAGAAAAACUUGAAAUGGAAUGUCUUUCAGAACUCAGGACAAAGGCAAAAGAAAUAGCUGCUGAAAACAAUGUGAAAAACUAUGCACUGAUCUUUCCUGAGAGUGCUUUGAAGCAACUUGCUCAGAGCACACCCAUCACCAGAGAGGAAAUGAUUGAACAAAUUGAUCACUUCAAUGCCACUAUCAUUGAUAAAUAUCAGGCUCACAGACUGCUGGAUAUAACCUUGAAAUUCAGCUUGCAACUCUCAGCACUCCAUGAGGACACCAACAGUCAAGAUGGUCAUGAUCAAGAGUGGGCGUCUCAUUACUUUGAGGAAAGUUCCAACAAAAGUUUAAGAUCCAGAAAGGGAAAAGGGGCUGCAAAAAAUGGCAAAAAGUUUUGGACAAAGGGGAAAGUUGUCAAGAAAUUCAAAGCUAAAAACAACAAAGCCACAAAAGGAAAGCAAGUGCAGAAAAAGAAAGUUGCUGUGUCAUCACUGGGUCAAUUUCAGUAUAAGAAAGAUUCCAGUGGUCCAGCCUUCAACUCCAACCAGUCGUCUGUCUCUCUAGCAGCAGCCAAACACCAGGGAGUGACCAAGUCCACAUUAGGGUUGAUGCCAGACCCAAGAUCCAGACCAUUCUUAUCUUCUCUACCCAGGACUUCAUUUUGAAAUUGCAAUGUCAAUUGAACAUUUAUUUUAUUUUUACAUGUUUGUAUUAUAAUAAAGUUGAAUAACUAUUUGAAAUUCUUGUCAAUAAAAAAUAAAGAAUGUAAUUUUU